UAAAAGGUGUUCGCUCAGCUCACGCAAUAAAAAAAAAAAAAAAACGAAAUUAUUUUCCUGUUAGCAUAUUGUAAGUAUCUCGUAGGAGAAUCCUAACCUCAAAACCACCAUCCUGACGCUACAUUUUAUCUGUGCUAGAUAAUUUUCAUCGAUUAAAGGCACCUUAUAAAAAAAAAAUCAGGAUGGCAGACGUACGCGAUAUUCUGGACAUCGAGGUGCCCACGAUUACGGAACUUACGAAGGAGUCUAUAAUAGGUAGCGACAAGAAGAAUCGUAAGCGGUAUGAUUACAACAAAGUGCCAAAACGUCCCGAGGGUAUGCACCGCGAGGUGUUUGCGCUCCUCUGCAAGGACAAUAAUGACGUACCGCCGUUGUUCCCCACUGACACGGCGAAAGGAUAUAAGCAGGUGCGAGCAAAACUUGGCAUGAAAAAAGUGAGGCCAUGGAGAUGGACACCCUUUACGAAUCCAGCACGUACAGAUAAUGCUACCUUUUAUCACUGGCGACGUGUCGCCGAUGCCGGGAAGGAAUAUCCCUUUGCAAAGUUUAACAAGAAAGCUCCUGUCCCUACGUACACAAGUGGAGAAUACGUUCAACAUUUGGUGACCAAUGGUUGGUCACGAGCAGAGACGGAUCACCUGUUUGACUUAUGUAGGAGAUUUGAUCUUAGAUUCAUUAUUAUUAAGGAUAGGUGGGAUCACACCAAGUUUCUCGCGAGAUCGGUAGAAGAUUUGAAAGAGAGAUAUUAUCAGGUGUGCGCUGCAUUGACAAAAGCAAAAUCCCAUACUGACAAGGUGUAUGUUUUUGAUGCGGAACAUGAGAAACGUAGAAAAGAACAGUUAAAGAAGUUGUUCGAACGUACUCCUGAACAAGUGGAUGAGGAGCAGACUCUGCUUGCUGAAUUACGCAAGAUUGAACAAAGGAAAAAAGAAAGAGAUAGGAAGACGCAAGAUUUGCAGAAAUUAAUUACAGCAGCUGAUCAUCAGGCAGAUCCCAGAAAAAGCGAGAGAAAAUCUUCGAAAAAAAAUAGCAGUUCUUCUAGGAAUAGGCCAAAUAAAACUGAUACUUCUCAUGCAGUGGAGUCAGCUGGAAUUAAAUUCCCGGAUUUCAAAAAUAGCGGUGUUACUCUUCGUUCUCAGAGAAUCAAAUUACCAAGUAGUCUUGGUCAAAAGAAGAUGAAAGGCAUUGAACAAAUGCUGAUUGAAUUAAAUUUAGAAUUGAAUCCACCACCGACGGAACAAAUAUGCCAGCAAUUCAAUGAAUUACGUAGCGACAUAGUUUUGCAUUAUGAAUUGAGAAGCGCAUUGUCGACAUGCGAUUAUGAAUUACAGUCUUUAAGGCAUCAAUAUGAAGCAUUAGCACCUGGAAAGACUUUAACAAUACCAGCGGCACUCCUGCCAAAAACCGAGCCUGAAGUUAAAGCAGAUAUCAUCGAUGUAGUAGGAUCACCUAGCAUGUCAAGUAAUACUCAUUAAUUUAAAGGUAUAUAUAUAAAUUAAUUUUACUUUCUCUCUGUAAAUAUUGCUCUUUUAUCAGCGUGUCGAUAAUUUUUAUAUAAAAAAUUAUCGAGCACGUGAAUACCUCUAUUACAAUGUAUUAUAUAUAAUGAUUUUUAUCUUGUAUUAAAAAGAAAUAAACGUUUUAAUCGCGAAUUUAUGACAUCA